GGCGCGCGGAACUCGGGACGCUGUGAGCCCUGCGGCGCGAGAGCAGGACCCCAGGGCACCAUGGGCGCCUCGAGGCUCUACACCUUGGUCCUGGUGCUGCAGCCUCAGCGAGUCCUCCUGGGCAUGAAGAAACGAGGCUUCGGGGCCGGCCGCUGGAACGGCUUCGGGGGCAAAGUUCAAGAAGGAGAGACCAUCGAGGACGCGGCCAAGAGGGAGCUGCAGGAAGAGAGCGGCCUGACGGUGGACGUGCUACACAAGGUGGGCCAGAUCGUGUUCGAGUUCGCAGGUGACCCCGAGCUGAUGGACGUGCACAUCUUCCGCACAGACAGCGUCCAGGGGACGCCUGAGGAGAGCGACGAAAUGCGCCCCCAGUGGUUCCAGCUGGACCAGAUCCCUUUCGGUGACAUGUGGCCUGAUGACCGUUACUGGUUCCCCCUCCUGCUUCAGAAGAAGAAGUUCCGUGGCUACUUCAAGUUCCAAGGCCACGACACCAUCGUGGACCACACGCUCCGCGAGGUGGACGCGGUCUAGGGCAGAGCCGCGCGGGUCAGGGCCUCGGAGUGUCUGGCACAGGAGUGGACGCAAAGGAAAGACGCUUCCAGUGCCGUUUACCCG